AUGGCGCAACCGCGCAAGUGCGCAACGGGCGAUAAUGCUUGGAUCUAGGAGCACGCUGGAUCCAACUGGGACCCAAAAUCGGCCGGCGGGCUACUUUGGUCUCAGAAGGACAGUAAGCAGCAUUCAAGUUAUCGUCCUGCAUUAAGGACCACCUCCCAAGGACUCGCACUUAUUUUCGGAGUUUGAUUUCAGACUUUUUCGCCAGUUGCGCAAACAUCGUUGCUAGUGUGUCUGCCACAUGCUUUAUUGAGCUUACUCAUCACACUCGCACCAGGGUGGACAAACUCGGCAGGAUUGAAGCUCGUCGUCAGACCCGGACAGCCCCGCGCGAGAGCCACUUCUCUGGACCUAGAGCUGAUUGAGACCAGUGCGUAAAUGUAUUUCGCUGCACCAAUGGGCUUUGUCCCACCUCCGCCUCCACCGCCACCCCGGCGAGGCAAGGAGAACGCUGUUGGCGCGGAAGCAGCCGGAGGGGGCCCUGGAAGCACGCGGGAGAACCAGCGACCUGACCAGCGGCGAGCAGUCUCGGCCCGUAGCAGCGGAGUCUUCAUGCCCAGCCUACGCGCGCCCACGGCUGUAAUCGAUGAAAUGAUAAAGGUGUCCCAUGAGCACGUAAGGCGAGGCCUGGAGCACGAUUGCGAAGGCCAGGCACAGCCCACUGCGCGGGGCCUGAGUGCUGAGCUGACGCGCACCCGCCGUGAGCGGGACCUGGCCUGGAGCCACGUCAGCGAGCUGCAGGAGCAGAACCACGUGCUGCGGCAGCGUGCCCGGGAGCUGGAGGAGCACAACAAGGCGCUGGUGGGCCAGCUGACCAAGCUCAAGCAGGAGCAACAGCAACAACAACAGCAGCAGCAGCAACAGCAGGAUGCGGCGGCCGCCACAGUGGCGGUCGUUGCGGCUGUGGCCGCAGCCACCGUAGCUGCCGGCGCGGCCGCGGCAUCGUCCCCGGUUGCGGCUCCUGCGGCCGUGGCCUCUGGCUACUCACCGGCGGCGCAUGACGUUGCCAACCUUUACAGGCUGGCACCGCAGGAGUCGACGCCGUCAGGCCGCCUGCACAACGUCGGCACUGCCGGCGCUCCAAGUGCUACAGCCUCGCCGUUCGCGGAGCGGCCGCCGCUGGCCGCGCGGUCGCUGAACCCACAGCUGAACCUUGUGCAGCAGCUGCAAAAGCAGCAGCUACUGCAGCAUGCACAUCAGCAGAUGCAGCCGGUCGCGGGCUUGUCGGGACUGGGCGAGUACCGAGCCAUUCCCAAGUUGCCGCACAUGGCUGGCUACGGUGCGAUUUGGUGAGGACGAUGCUAACAUCACACGUGAGAUGUCUGAUAGCUGCUGCUGCAACAUGUUUUGCUAGGUGGAACCCUGAGACCUGUAUUUCACAGCUCGGGUGUCAAGGCGGUCAGCGACGCCAGAAGUCGCCAGAUUACGGCGUUAGGGUGUCCCCUGCAUGCUUCUGCAGCACGAACACAUGUAGUACACGUCAGGAGCAAACAUAAUAAUGACAUCUUGAGACAAGAAACAGUGGACUGAGUCAUGCUAAGCCGCCGGAGGCAUAAAUGUGAGAGCAAGGAGGAUACGGCUCCUUGCCUCAUGCGUGUAUUGAGAGUACUGAGGGGCGUCUCAGACGGGGCUGGACUUAUUUUAAGGCGCCCGGAGUUGAAUGCAAGGCUAUGUGCACGUGUUUGUGUGCGUCCUAGUCACCGAAGUGGUGACCUUCGCCUCUUUCAUCACGGAGAGUGAGAUAGCUCCUCGGUUUUGCCUAGCUUUAAAUAGAUUGAUUGGGUUAUAGCGCACGCGGCGUGAGAGCGCGUUGUAGGGAGUGUGACCGCACGCGCUUCCACAGGGGCGGCAUUUCUCUCCACGUGCUUGUGGGUGCGGUUCGGAAACUCGAACUCAGGGGUGAUUUGUGAUAGGGGUGACUACUUGCAUAAUUGAAGUGCUUCCUGUAUUGUACGUAGUGGUGAGAAUUCAAUUUUGCCAAGAGUGGGACUCAAUGUAGAUUGGGUGUAGAUAGGGCGUGCUCAGAUGGGGCUAUACGGCACAGAUGACUCAAUUGAUAAGCGUUGUUCCCGCUAGCCAGCAGAGCGCUGGAUCUUCCUUUCCAAGUAGUACGCACACUAUUUCUGUCCCUUUGUAUUAGCAUUGCCACAAUAGUCUGUCCUGAUAAUUGGCAACCCUGUGCGACCCUGACUGCGGUUUGACCAUUCGGAUGCGGAUUGAUCCAGAAUUGGUGGCGCGGCUGCUGUGAUCGUUUAGCUGAACUGCACUGGGAAUUGUAUAGUCAAGUAGGUCGGAUGCAUCAGAGGUGCAUUGCUCGGAUGCAUCCGCAGCCACGGACAGGCCAUCAAGGCGCGGAAGUGCUAGUGCUCAAUCGUGUAUGCGGGCUCCGGGAACAGCAGUCCUGCGCAAGGCUGUUGUCGAAGGUGUUCGUCGGUGGGUUCCAUCUUCAGUUGUAACCGGGGCGGUCC